AUGAAGAGCUUCCUCGGCCUCUCUUUACUCCCUCUGCUGGCAGCGGGCUCACCAGUCAUCAUCGAUACCAUUCACAAAGAUGCUGCUCCUGUCAUCUCCUCCUCAAAUGCAAAGGAGAUCCCUGACUCUUACAUGGUCAUCUUCAAGAAGCACGUUUCCCACGCUGCUGCUGAAGCUCACCACUCUUGGAUCCAAGACCUACACUUGAACACCCAGACCUCCAAGCAAGAGCUAAGGAAACGCAGCACCAUCUUCUCGUCUGAUGAUGAUGUCUUUGAGGGUCUGCGACAUACCUUCAACAUUCCCGGUGGCUUUCUGGGCUAUGCCGGUCAUUUUGAUCAAGAUGUCAUCGAGCAAGUCCGCAGGCACCCAGAUGUUGAUUACAUCGAGCGUGACUCAGAAGUUCACACCAUGAAGGAGUCUCCUUCCCUCGAGAAGAAUGCCCCAUGGGGUCUUGCACGUAUCUCUCAUCGUGAUGCCUUGGGCUUUGGAGAUUUUAAUAAAUACCUCUAUACCGAGAGUGGUGGUGAGGGUGUCGAUGCCUACGUCAUCGACACAGGCACCAACACUGAGCACGUUGACUUCGAGGGCCGUGCCAGCUGGGGAAAGACUAUUCCACAAGGUGAUGAAGACGUUGAUGGAAAUGGACACGGAACCCAUUGCUCUGGUACUAUUGCCGGCAAGAAAUUCGGUGUUGCAAAGAAGGCCAACAUCUACGCUGUCAAGGUUCUGAAGUCUAAUGGAUCCGGCACCAUGUCUGAUGUUGUCAAGGGUGUCGAGUGGGCUGCCAACGCGCAUACUGACGCCAUCUCCGCCGCUAAGAAGGGCAAGAAGAAGGGCUUCAAGGGUAGCGUCGCCAACAUGAGCUUGGGUGGUGGCAAGUCUAGAGUCCUUGAUCUCGCUGUCAAUGCUGCCGUCGAUGCUGGUCUUCACUUCGCUGUUGCAGCAGGAAACGACAAUGCUGACUCUUGCAAUUAUUCGCCUGCUGCCGCUGAGAACGCCGUCACUGUUGGUGCCUCAACCCUCAGCGACGAGCGUGCCUAUUUCUCCAACUUUGGCACUUGCAACGAUAUCUUUGCUCCUGGUCUCAAUGUUCUCUCCACCUGGAUCGGAAGCAAGUAUGCUACCAACACCAUUUCUGGAACCUCCAUGGCUUCUCCCCAUGUCGCUGGUCUCCUUGCAUACUUCUUGUCUCUCCAACCCUCCAGCAGCUCCGCAUACGCAGUCGCUGAGAUCACACCCAAGAAACUGAAGGCCAACAUCAUCGCCGUUGCCACCGAAGGCGCUCUCACCAACGUCCCAUCUGACACUGCCAACAUCCUGAUCUGGAACGGUGGUGGCAAGUCCAACUACACUGAGAUCAUCAAUGAUGGUGGUUACACCGUAGCCAAUUCCGAGACUAUCGGAGACUACCUCAGCGAGAAGGCGGCUGAGCUCAAGGCUGAGCUCAAGCAGAUCGCUGCCGAGUUGGAGCUCCUCAUCGAGAAAUCUUGA